AUGGCCCCGCCAAACGCUGAACCCGUAAUGCCUGUUGUUGAAGCAGAAAGCAAAAAGAUCGACUUAAAGCAACUCGCCCGUGAAAAGGGGCGCUACCUCGUUUAUCCUGAAACCAAGUAUCCAGAAAUUGAGGAAUUUGAGCAUCAUGACCCUGGUCAUCGGGCGGAUCCUAAGAAGGCUUCUUUGUAUGAUAACGCUGAAAAGAUCUUUGAUCUGACUCCUGCCAUCGGUACAGAAAUCCACGGGAUACAGCUUUCAAGACUGACUGAUCAGCAAAAAGAUGACUUGGCUCUUAUGGUUGCCGAACGUGGCGUUGUCUUUUUCCGUAAACAAGACAUUGAUGUUCAUCAAGCGGUUGAUCUUGGAAAGCAUUACGGACCUCUCCACCCAACAUUUGGUGUUCCUUCGCCCGAUCUUCCUUUUGUUCACGUCCUAUACUACGAUACCAGUAUGAAAAAACGUGAUUUCGACUAUCGUCGAGGCUGGCAUACUGAUGUUUCAUAUGAGAAACACACCCCGGGAUUGACUAUGCUCAAACUCGAUACCAUCCCCUCUUGUGGUGGGGACACUCUAUGGUGUAGUGGAACAGCUCUCUAUGAUCGUCUAUCGCCUCAAAUGCAAAGGGUUGUUGAAGGCCUGGAGGCUGUACAUUCAGGGCAAGAUCAGGUCGAUGAAGCAAUUAGGCUCGGCCGAACUGUUCGUCGGGAUAGCUAUACUGCAGUUCAUCCUCUAGUAAGGACUCACCCAGUUACUGGUCGGAAUGCAUUGUUUGUACAGCCACGCUACACGCGUAGUAUCGUUGGACUCGAUCAAGAUGAAUCAGAUUGUAUUCUGAACAGUCUUUUCAAUCACAUCAUAUCUGGGUACGACAUUCAAGUGCGCUUCAAAUGGGAAGAAGACAGCGUUGCUGUCUGGGAUAACCGAGUAACAAUUCAUAAUCCCAUUUUCGAUUACUUUGGCGUUGGCAAGCGCCAUGGAUUCAGGAUUACAUCGUUAGCUGAGCGUCCGUUCUUGGGCAAACAUACCAAAACUAAAUCGAAGGGUAAGCUUAGAGAAAACGAGGAUCCCUGUAAGUUUAAUUAA